AUGUCAAUAAAUCCUAAAUUAAAACUAUUUAAAAUUGGGACUUACAAUCAACAACAACAACAACAAACUGAACCGCAACAACAACAAGAACCACCAUCUAAUGACUCAAAAAAACUUAAAAAUCAUAAAUCUAAAUUAAGUAUAAGGAGCACCCAUAAUAAAACUGAACAAUUUGAAGCAACAUCAAGUAUUUUAUCAGAUUAUGAUGAUUUAGAAAUUAUAGAUAGUUUUGAUGAUGAUCAAUCUUCUUAUGUAUUAUUUAAUCCAAAAUUAAAUAAUAAUUCUUCUACAAGAAAUGAAUCAGAUAUUUUAUCAUUAACUAAUACAUCAAAAGAAGAGAAAGAGGUAGGGCAAAUAGAAGAACAGGAAGAAGAAGAAGAUGAUGAAGACACUGAACAAGAAGAUAAUGACGCGUUUGAAGAAGAAGAAGAUGAAAUAAUGGAGUCACAUAAAAACAAAAGACAUUCAGAAAAUUAUGAUAAAUUAUCAAAUAAAAUUAAUAGUUGGCAUAAUUCAAAUAUAUAUUCUUCUUCUCAACCAAUAGAUGAAAAUAUAGCAAGUUGGAAUUUAGAUUAUGAUGAAGAAGACCAACAACAAUCUCAAUCUCAAUCUCAAUUUCAAUCACAAUCAAACCUAAAUCAAUCCAAACAAUCCAACCUAUCCAAUUCAAAUCAACUGUUAGAAGAAAGUAAAAAAUUAUUAAAAGAAUUUUAUGGAGAUGAUUUAUUUAAAUAUUUAAAAGAUGAUGAUAUAUUAAAAGUUAAAAAUUAUUUAAAAUCAUUAGAUAUAAAAACAUCUUUAACAACUAAUAAUAAUAUUGAUGAAUUUAAAAAUAAAACUUUAAUUCAACAAAUUAUAUAUAAGAUAUUAUAUUCAACAAAUCAAUCAACUGAAUUAGAAACUUCAACUACCACAUUAAAUAAAAAUAAUAAAUAUUUAAUGGGAUCAACUGAUUAUAUAAAUUAUUUAACAAAAGAUAUUCAACAUUAUGAUAUUCACCACCAAUAUUAUAAUAAUCAUCAUACUAAUACAUUUUCUGAAAUUUCUGGUGGUGGUUCUUCUUCAAUGAUACCUUGUGGUGGUAUUGGUUUUGGUAAUAAUACUUCUUGGAAUGAAAUAUGA